UGAGAUGGCUGCAAAGCGCUCCACGAUCAACCAGCACGUUUUUUUAGACAUGAUUCUUUUUCGGUCUAGUGAUAGCAAGUUGAUAUGUUGAAUUAGAGCCUUUGAUUUGUGAACAGUGAGUGCCAGUGAAAACAUAAACAGGUUCAAAAAUAUAAAACAAUUUAUCGCUAUUUCGUUAUCUAUUUAUUUAUUUAUUUUUUGCAAAAUGUAAUUAUUACUGACAGAACGGUACCAAAAGUAAUGUGACAAUGGCUGAAAGUCACUUUAAUUGCAUUUUUAUAGCUGGUGAGUGAAACAGAAGAUUAAAGUUGAAGAACAUUGAGAUUUUGAUGAAGCGUACGUAGAUUAAGCCAACGUAUCAUUCCUACUAGCGUAGAUAUGCAUUCCCUGUACUGAAUAAUGAAUAAUGUGUGACAGUUUGUUGAGAUCAGUGUUUUGGUUUUGUUGAUUUAAAAAUUUUAAAAUAUCUAAAAUAAAAUCAAAUUGAAAAUUGAUUUUUUUAAAACAGGGUAAUGCUAAUGUUCAGUGAAGUGUCUAUUUAGUGAAGAACAGUCAAUCCAUUGAACGGUGUGUACCGAAAAUGGAAUAUCGGUGAGGUCACGAGGUUACCGCAGAAUGCCUGAGCCGAGGGCAAAGCGCUGUAAACACUGUGAGGAGUCUAGCCACAGGUUGGACAGUGGCUCCCCGUUUUGGAGGAUACAACUAGAUCAAGACCUCCUGGAUACUAUUAGCGCUAUUUAUCCCGAGUGGUUUAAGGAUUAUACGAACAGCAGUAGAACCUCUAUAUCCUCUAUUAUUUCGUCAUCGCCCACCCACCAGUCUAACGACGAGUCGAUCGAUAGAGACAAAGCCUCUGAUUCGACAGACCAGGAGGGCCAAGGUCACAAGAGUGCCAAAGAAGUUAAAACCAAGUCCAAGGUCAGGAAACUUGAAAAGUCCAAGGACCGGAGGGAGAAGCGUCAAAUUAGAGAAGUUGAUAGAGAUUUGCCGGGAAGCGAGACUGUCAAAAAAGGGGCAAAGCAUCCUCCCUCAGGCCCGCGACACGAAAGAGAAAGAACGGAGAACUCUUCGACGGGGAGAAAGUCGGCGGGUGGUGCCUCCGAAGACACAUCACCCGAAUCCGAGGAGUCUGCAGAGAUGGCUGAAGGCAAUAGAUCGUCUCCUCCGAAAGCGGAAGUUGACGAUUCACCUUUACAAUACGCCAUGGACCGCAACAAGGAAUCACUCAAAGUUAAGUUGAUGCUAAGGAGGCCAAUCACCCAGUUAGUCGCUCAGGGUAUUAUGCCAUCGCCGAAAACGCCACCAGCCUUCCAUGAACAGCGAAAACAAUUAGAGCGCGCCAAGACAGGAGAUUUAUUGAAGGCCAAGAUACAGCGACGACCCGGUCGAGACGAGCUCGUCAGGCAGCACAUACUCGAAGAUGUCGGGCAUGUUGAUCCGAGUCUCGCGGAGAGACAGAGGAUGCUCAAGAAAGCCAGGCUCGCGGAUCAGCUCAACGAUCAGCUCAGUCAUCGACCUGGUCCGCUUGAACUUAUUCAGAAAAAUAUUCUUCACACUGAAGAACCCAUUGAGAGGGCAGUCAAAGAGGGCCACAUUCCCUUCAAAGCAACCUGCGAAGGCCAGGUGACGAAACCCCAGCCUCCAGACCAUUACAUCACCUUCGAAGAUGACUCUCAAAGUUCUGAAGGCGUUCCCUCUCCGCCUAUCGAGUCGAGAACCGACGUUUUGGAGACUGCGGCGACUUCUGCAGGAAUAGUCACCGUAUCUCUGAGCAUCCCCACAACCGGAGGUGCUGUUGUUGUUUCCUCCACGUCCCCGGUUUUUCAGCAAGCCGCUGGAACCGACCAGACGAUACAAACCUUCGCGGAACUUUGCAACAGUGUCGUCGGUAAUCAACAACAACAACAACAACAACAAAAACAACAGCAGCAGAUUAACCAACAGCAACAGCAACAGCAGCAGCAGAUUAACCAACAGCAAAAACAGCAGCUAAGCCAGCAACUUGUACAGCAUCAAAGCCAACACGCCUCGUCUCAGGCUAGUCAGACGAAUGGACCCACCACGACUUUGUUGCCCCUGGCGCCUGCACCUAGUCCAAUGUCACUGGGCUCGACGACGUCCAGCCUGAGUCCUCUCUCAAAUAUAUCGAUAGCGUCACCGCCGGCACCUCCACCUCAGGCGAUAACUCCAAGGCCUCAGCCCAGCCCGAUAUCCGUCACCGUUUGUCAGCGUAGCGACGCGCCUGGGAAAGACAAAAAUCGUAAAAAGUCUAAGACUAAAAAUCAGCCCAAGACUCGUACCAUCAAGUUUCAUGAGUACAAGGGGCCGCCAAACGCGCAAAAGCCAUCGGUAUCGUGUGCAGCCUCGAGUCUAGGAUCCGGGGCACCUGGUGAAACCAGUUACGAGCUGCUUCUUCAGCAACAGCAGCUUUUCUUACAGUGGCAACUUGAGCUGCAGCACAAGGUACCAUACCCGAAAAUAAUUCUUCCGGCAGCGCCAAAUCCAUUAUCGCUAACAAGCAGUGGUAGCGACGCGGGAAGCAUCAGCGGAGGAAGUGCGAACGCACCGAGUCCAGCGCCAUCUAAUGCCUCGAACAAUCCCUCGGAACAGCCACCGCUGAGGCCGCUGGGAAAGCUCGAGGACAUGAAAGUCAGCGAUCUGAAGAUUGAGCUCAAGAGGAGGAACCUCCCGGUUUCGGGUUCCAAGCCACAGCUGAUAGAACGGCUAAAACCCUUUACGGAGAGCUCCACCAAUUUGUCCAACUCAAAUGGCCCGAUAAUCACUCACAUGGGACACAUAUUGAUGGACACCCCGGGACCUAUCGCUUCUGAUGACUCGAGUUCUCAAGCUAAAAGUCCUGGCUCUCCGAUUAAGGAUGAACCUCAUAGUCCAAGGAUUGACUCGCCACAUAAUAGCGAGCAUGAUGAUCCAGCUAGUCCACCUGGUGACGACAUAAUAAAAGAACAACGUAAACGAAUUGAAGAAUUACAACAGCAGUUGUACAUGUCGCAGCAACAAUUACAAAAAAUCCGUCAAACUCAACCCUCGACAGUCCGGGCUGAGAAAUUGGUCCUCCAACAGCACCUCCAGAAUAAAAUGCAGCAACAACAAUUAGCUCUUCACUUACAGCAAUUACAACACCUACAGCAGCAACAACAACAGCACCAACAGCAACAACAGCAACAACAACAACUCCAACAACUCCAACAACUCCAACUCCAAAAACAGAACCAACACCAGCAACAAAAUCACCAACAACAACAGCAGCAGCAACAGCACGUUGCCUUCCAGCAGCUUAAUGCUAAAGCCAGCCUCGCAGCUUUUCUACAGUCACAACCCAAUACGAUACUUGACUCUGCUACUUUGACCACUAUCAACAAUAAAAAGAACCAAGUCAAAAAUAACAAUAACAACAACAAUAUUAAUAAUAACAAUAUUAUUAAUAACAAUAGUCACAAUAAUAGCAAUAAUAAUAAUAAUAAUAAUAGUAUUAGUAAUAAUAAUAAUAAUAAUAAUAAUAAUAAUAACAAUAACAACAACAACAACAACAACAACACAACGGUGCAAUUGCCAGCCGCGAUAGUGUUGAACUUAUCAAAACCUACGAAGAUUAAUGGCUCCAUAUUGGGCGCACUUGUUGCUCAAGCCCAGCAGCAACAGCAGCAGCGUCCUGUCAGCACUACUAUCACUUCUAUUGAAGAUAAUAAAUCACCCCCGCAGUAUGAUGAAGCUGCUAAAUUAUUAAAGGUAAAAAUAGAACCAGUUCAAAAGAACCACAUAAAGAGCCAAGUUGUAGACGAUGUUUUAGAAAUUUUGAUAAAAAAUGGGGAAUUACCACCAAGCGCAGCCCAGGAUCCAGCGACUCCAACGACUCCAAACCGGCAAAUUCAGCAGAACCUGGUGUUUUCGGCGCCAGCGGACAGCGCGACCCAAAAUCUGGUCUUUACUUCAAACCCCAUUAGUCCAAUGGCAAUGGACGUCAGCCAGAGUGGGUGUCCAUCUUCCCCAGUGUCUUCUCCCCCGAUUCCUCCUCCUCUUCCACUGGCUACUUUUGCAGUACAGUUACCCAGUGCAUUGCACCAACAUCAACAUCAGCAUCAACACCAACACCAACAUCAACAUCAACAUCAACAUCAACACCAACACCAGCACCAGGAUGAAAUUCCUGGUUUCACCUCGGAUUUACUGAAUUCCAACAGCGAUCUGGACACUGCGAUGCUUCUCAGUCCUCAGUCUGUCCAGCAGAGCUCUCCAGAUCCACAACCUCCUCAGGAAGUAACUUCUUCCGACAAUGCCAAUCUUGACCUCAAGGAACUGGGCUUGGAUUUGGAGACCCUGGACACAAUGGACUUUGGGCAGCUGGACUGCGACCUCGGAGUAAAAAUAGAAACACCCCAAGAGUUGAUGGACCUUGGAGAUAUGCCGAUGGACAUGGACGACCCAGACUGGCUGGACUCGCUGAUGCCCCAAUCGCCUCCAACUUUACAGCCAACGAGUCAGUGUACCAGCCACCCGUCACCAGGUUGUGCUCAGUCAACGGUGACUGACCUGUACGACCCUCUUCUUGCCAACAGCCAGGAUCCCUUCGACCUCUUCUCCGUCAUGGAAGACUCUGAUUUUAAAAUGUCUUCAGACCUGUCGCUGACCUGGGACAAGCUGGACUUUGCGACCUAGCCCACAUUACCCCGGUUUUGGGACCUGACCAUUUGUACUUAGCACUAGCGUGUUCAUUAACCAUAAUGACAUAACCACAAAUUACUAUUGCGUGUCAAUGGUCUGCCGGUGCUCUUCUAAAAUGUACUUAUAAUAAUUAUUUUAUAAUUGGUAGUCGA